AUGGGGUUUUCCGAAUGGCGCAAGCUACCUGUUAGCCUGAGCGAGCUUUGCAUUAACACAACCCUCCGUUGUGGCCAGUCAUUCAGAUGGCAGAAGAUCUCCGACAACGAAGAAUGGCGAUGCGUUCUUCAUGGCCGUCUACUCUCUCUAAAACAAGACUCGAGUUGCCUUUACUAUCGCACCAUACAAUCCUCGUCCGCUCCUCACCCCUCAGCACCGGCCCCUCAAUCCUCCGCAGAUAGUGACUUACUUCGCAUUGUCCAACACUACUUCAACCUAUCCUCGAAUCUCACUGACCUCUACACACAAUGGUCAUCACAAGAUCCCAAUUUCAAGAAAAAGGCCGCUCAGUUUACGGGGAUCCGAAUACUACGGCAAGAUGCCUGGGAAGCGCUGGUGUCAUUCAUUUGCAGCAGCAACAACAAUAUCGCACGCAUCUCUCAGAUGGUUGAGAAGCUAUGUCUCCAUUAUGGACCCUUUAUCGCAACAAUUGAGGGACGCGCCUACCAUGACUUUCCGUCUCCAGAGGCACUGGCAGGAAAGGAUGUGGAAAGCAACCUCCGCAGCUUGGGCUUUGGCUACCGAGCCAAAUACAUUUACCAGACGGCGGUUAUUGUAUCGCGAGACCGGGAGGAUGGCUGGCUAGAUGGGUUAAGCAACCCCGAGUCCCCUGCACUGGGUGUGGAAUCCCGACCAGGUGACGAGAUGAAACCGCAGGGGCGACCAGGAUACCGUGAGGCCCAUGAGAGCUUGCUCGAGUUGCAAGGGGUUGGCCCAAAAGUGGCAGAUUGUGUGUGUCUCAUGGGGUUGGGAUGGGGAGAGUCCGUACCGGUUGAUACCCAUGUCUGGCAAAUCGCGCAGCGCGACUAUCGGUUUGGCAAAAGCUCCCAGAAAACACUGAACAAAGCGACCUAUGAUGCCGUGGGCAACCACUUCCGCAAGCUCUGGGGCAAGGAGGCCGGCUGGGCCCAUAGCGUCCUCUUCACUGCGGACCUGCGGUCUUUUGCUGACAGACUCGCCGCUACUAAGAAGGUGGAUGUGGAUGUCAAAGACAGCAAAUCACAGGUGGAGAUUAAGACUGAAGUUACGACUGCCGUGGGCUUGAAAGCGCCCAAGGAAGAAGACGUCGAGAUCAAGGUCGAGGAUGCGCUCGAGGAAGCUACAAAGCGAGGCAAGAAGCGAAAGGGGCAGUCCGACGGUGUCGUCCACGCAUCCAAGACAGUUGAGACUCGGAGGGUGUCGAAGAGACUGCGCGACAAACCAUGA